AUGUCCGCGGGUGUGUUUAGACCCGGGAGGGCCAGGUCCCUGGUCCUGGCCAUGUUGGCCUUGAUACUCGUCUGCACUGUGUAUUUCUACUGGUCUCCGACCACCGCGUCUUCCACUGUCCCCCUCGUUCCAAACACCGCAUUCGAAGUUCCCCUCACGGAACGCCAAAAAGAUUUCUGGAAAGCGCUGCGCCCCAUCAUCGAGCGUCAUAACCCCAACUGUCCGGCCCCGGAGAAACGAGGCGAUGUUGCAGCACAGCACUUUGACCCCGCGAAAGAACUGCCGAGACCCGAUCUAUCAGUGCUGGGUGAGGAGGAUGAACGCAAAAUGGAAGAGGCCCAUGCGGCUUUCAUCGAAGACGUCAAGAACUCUGGGAAAGUGCUGAAGCCCAUCCAUACUCCCGGCAAGCGAGGACUGGUGUCCACUGCCGGCGCGACAUAUCUGCCGGUCUUUGUUUCCUCUUUACGGAUGCUUCGCCGCGCCGGAUCAACGUUGCCGGUGGAGCUUUACAUGAAGGACGCUACAGAACAUGAGAAACGUGUAUGCGAGGAGGUGCUUCCCACGCUUGAUGCACGGUGCUUGGUGCUGGCAGACGUGGUGGGCAAGAACAUUAUUGAGCAUUACCAACUCAAGAUCUUCGCCGUUCUGUUCUCGUCCUUCGAGGAAAUAGUAUGGAUGGAUGCCGACUGUUUCCCUCUGGGUAAACCAGAAGAUCUGCUCGACUCGGAGCCCUUCAAAACCAAUGGUCUAGUCACCUGGCCUGACUUUUGGGCUUCCUCGGCGUCCCCUCUAUAUUUCAGAAUCUCCCGCCAAGAGCCACCCUCCAUGGCCGCGCGGCAGUCGUCUGAAACUGGUGCUUUCUUGGUGAAUAAGAAAACCCAUUUGCUGGCUCUCCUGCUAGCCUCGUAUUAUAACUUCUACGGCCCGUCACAUUAUUUCCGCUUGCUGACCCAAGGAGGUCCUGGCGAGGGUGACAAGGAAACAUUCGUCCAGGCCGCUGCCGCAGUGGGGGCGCCUUUCUACACUGUUAGUGAAAGGGUGCAGGCGAUCGGACACGCCAAUCAUGGUGGCUUGUCAGGAUCUGCCAUGGCACAGUCAGACCCCAGGGAGGAUUAUGCCUUGACGCAAGAGAACAAAUGGCGCGUCAAGGAUGAAUCCGUGGCCCCCGCGCCGCAUAUCUUCUUCAUCCACGCAAACUAUCCCAAAUUCAACCCCGGUGACCGCAUCUUUGGCUUGGGUUGGGAAACGACCCCAACCUUGAAAGAUGAUGGUUCAGAUGGACGUGCAUGGACUGCACCUCCCGAAACUCUCCAGAGGUUUGGUUACGACGUUGAGAAGGCGUAUUGGGAAGAGAUCAAGUGGGUGAGCUGCAAUCUUGAAACAGCAUUCAAGACCUGGCAAAACAAAGUUGGACUUUGUGACAGGGUUCAAGAGUAUUGGGGUCAUGUCUUUGCUACACCGCACGAUGAUGACCCCAAAUUUACUCUCGAUGACUGA